AUGGGCAUCUGUUCGUCCUGCUUAGGAGGGCGGCGCCCUUCCGAGUCUGAUCAAUCAGACAGAGAACAUCUACUCGGAGACCAAUAUCAGCCCAACUACGGCGCAGCCAACGGCACACACAACGUGCCCCAGCCCGAUCCUGAAGAGCUGCGUCGCCAGCGCGAGACAUUGGAGCGCAUCUGUGCCGAGACGUCAGAGCAACUGAUCCCCGUCUCACAAUCCAACCUUCUCCCCGAAGUCACCGAGCAGCCGCCCAAGAACGACGAAUACGCCCACCUCUUCAAUGAACGCUUCCGAUCGCUACGGAACCGUCCCGCCUCGCUAGGUGCAGCAGACAAUGAUGAAGAUGAGGCAGCGUGGCUAGAGAACGCGGCCGGCAACCAAGGCGAGGACGAGCUGGCGCAAGUCAAGCCCGCGCAGGGCAGAUUGACAAUCCAAUUUGGUGCUCGAUAG